AUGACAGCCUUACCAAGGGUCAAGCUGCUUAUCCUCUUAACUCUUCUCCUAGCAGGUACAGCUCUGUCCGCCCGCAAGACCGACCCCAAGAAGGUCCCCAAAAAUGCAGUCUUGCUUUCGAAGGUGUCUGCCAUUACCGUCCGCGCCGGCAAACAAACCACCUCCCGCCGAGUCUCUCCAGUGCCGCAAUUACAAUGCGUGGGACCCUCAAGAAUAUGCAAGCUAUACACGGUGGAUGUCAUGAGGUGCACCAACGAGGGUUCUGACUAUGAUGAAAAAAACAUGCAGUGGAGCUGCAAAGCUUCGCUCCCCGAAGAAUUCAAGCUCGGAAGCACCGAAGUGACGUGCGAAGGCUACGAGAGCAGCGAAGACCCAUAUGUGCUCUCGGGGAGUUGUGGCGUCGAGUACGCGCUUCUUUUGACAGAAAAGGGCGAAGAGAAAUAUGGUUCUAGCAGCUUCUUUGACUUUCGUGGCUCCCAAGUGAAUGAGAAUGCGGGAGAGAAAUACGCAGGCUACCUGUUCAUGGCAUUGUUUGGCCUGGUUGUGUUCGUUAUCCUGCGCUCUCUCUACAAUGCCUGGCGCAGUGAAACACCGCGAAGAAGACCGCGGGGAGGCGGUGGGUUUGGAGGAGGAGGUGGCGGGGACGACAAUAAUAAUGACCCUCCACCUCCGUACGAUCCGCGGCCACCUCCACGACCGAAAAAGGCCACUUGGUCAUCGGGCUCAGGUUCAACAUCAGGAAAUACGGGCGCUGGAAAUCAGGACCAAGGCUGGCGUCCCGGGUUCUGGACCGGUGCGGCUGCUGGAGCUGCUGCAGGAUACGUCGCUGGGAGGGGUGUGGGCAUGGCGCCGCCUGAGCCGCCGCCACCUCGUCGACCGCCCAUUGGAUUUAUGGGAGGUGGUGGAAAUUGGGGUUUUGGUGCGCCGACCAGGCGAGGGCCGCCUUCACCACCGACGAGGCCAAGUUCUGAAAGCACUGGAUUUGGAGGGACGAGGCUGCGGUAA